AAAGCCUAGAGCAACAACACAAACCGGUUUUUCAUUUUAAUAACAGGGAGUUGCCUUGCACAGUAAACUAUCAUUAAAAUAAUUGAGCUAAUUCAAGUUAUUUAUAAAUAAAUGCUGAAUAUUUUAGAAUGUAUGCCAGAUUUAUAAAAGGAGGUGUAUUUAAAUGACUGCUAUGUUUUCUCUGAGCUGUCAUGCUCACAGGGUCAUAUAAAUAUCCAUUUAAGGUGUGCCACACAAUCAGUUUUGCCCUGCAAGAUCAACCCAACACUUCGACUGAGCUGCACAGAGGUUAUUGUGCCUGCGUUAGGCAUCAAACAAGGUAAGGCUUUGGGGUAACUUGGCUGUUUCAUAUAAAAUUUAACUCGCCAGGAGAACGGGAGUUUAGAUUUGUAAAAAAAAAUUAAAAAUCAGAUGUCUUAUUGUAUAGCGAUAGCCCACUCUGGAGUAUUAAAUCAAUUAAGUGGAAAAAAAAAGUGAAAAAUAAAUAAGUUGUAGGUAACAAAGAACUUCUAAUAAAUUUGGGCUGCUACUCAAAGACCAGAUCAGAGCAACUUCAAUGAGAAUAUCACAAAACAGAAAAUAUGGUGUGUGGGCUCUGAAAUAAAUGAAAAACAUGAAUAUUUGUUUUUCUUUUUUUUUCAGAGCACACACACCAUGUUUUCUGUUUAAAAAAAAACAGUGAAUGCCAAUAAACUGAAUACAGCUUUUAAUCAACAGCAGCUACAACCUAUGUGACUUUUUGAUAAUGUUCCAUGUUGAGAAUUGCUGUCAUAUCGUUAUAGUUAGUUUUUAAGAUAUCAAUUUAUUCUAAUAGAACCAAGAUUAUGUUAUGUUUGUGUUACGCAAUAUUACAUAGCUCAUUGGUUUAAAGCAAAUAAAAACAAAACCUAAUUUAAACUUGAACUUUCUUAAUUUUAAAAUACUUCAUGAUUCUAAAGGUGUGACGUAUACCGUAUAUUAACUGUAUAAAAAAAAUAGAACUCAUAUAUUUCACAAAACUAUUCUAACCUGUAAGGGAAAAGAAGGCGAAAUUAAAACUUUUUAAAAAUGAAAACACUAAUAAUUUGGUGUCAAUAUAUAUAUAUAUAUAUGUAUAUAUAUAUAUAUAUAUGUAUGUAUAUGUAAACUAGACUAGUAACGGUUUUAUCUUAAAUCAGUUUGUAUAUGCAAACCCAUCUAAUAAUUUUCAAGUAUAUUUCUAUUCAACAUUUUGCCAUACAGGCAAGCAAUAUUAAUACAUUUAGAGUGAAUAUUAAUUUCACUUCAUUUAUACCUUAAAAUUUUAAGUUUAUUAACUUAUUUAUUAACAGAUUGUGGUAAAUUUAAAACAGAAUUAUAAAAUUGAGGCUAGACUAUCUAAGCUGUGACUAUAACUAAGAGAAAUAUUUUCAAAAUCAGAUAUUUUUUUGUGUAAAUUUUUCAAUGACCAUUUUAAUUCACAAUUAGGUAUUUAAUGAUUAAACCCCAUAAUUGUAAUUUUUUUACAGGUUUUUAAUUGUAUCGAUGUUCAUGUGGGCUGUGUAAAUACAAAAUGUGUUGUUUUUAAAAAAAAAAAACUUAUCUAUACCAAACCAAAAAGACUAUUAACACAACUGAUGGAACAAGAUGGUGGAGCUCAAAGUGCAAUAACAUUUAUGAGUACCAUUUGAAGCCUUUUUCCAUCUUAAGUGUAAAAUCAUCUUCUUUCUCUAUUCCCUUUGUCUUGAAAAUACCACUUUCUAUUUUAUAUAUUUGUCAUUUAAUAAUUUAUGAUCAGAGCCUUUUUAAAAUUCUCUUUACCAAGAACUAAGAAUUGUUUUUCAUUUGCCUUAAACACAAGACCUUAAUUAUCUGUUCUACCUAUUUUUCCCUAUUCACCCUUUAUUCAGUUGCCCUUCUUCUCUUGCCCACGUAUCCCUGCCCACUUCAUUUCUGUCCCUCAGAUUUAUUUUCCUUCUUUUUCUCCGACCAUGAUUUACAUUUCUCCAUGUCCUCACUCUGUGCCCCUUAUCAAUAGCUCAUAGAUUUCCUACCCUUGGUUCACACUAAGCUUGAUUCCCAUCCUGUCUCUUGUUGAAUCCUUUUCCUCACCCCUUCUCACAAUUAGGAUUGUCCUUUUUGCCCUUGAAAAAAAAAAUAGAAAAAUAAAAGUUUGGUGCUGUUUGGUGCUGCUCAGCACAGACCUGCUCUCUCUGCAGGUCAGAUUGUAUUUCCCCCUUUCUGCUUUGAGACCUGCUAAUUAAAGCCUCAGCAGUUGCUAAUUGGGAAGGUGAAUGAGUACAGGCUAUGGAGGAGUCUGGGUCCUAAAUACCUUCCUUCUAUUACCCUCCCAUAGACUCUGUCACAAUAUAUAUAUAUAUAUAUAUAUAUAUAUAUAUAUAUGUGUGUGUGUGGCUGUAUAUGUGUGUGUGCUGUAUAUGUGUGGGAGUGUGCUGUGUGUGUGAGCGAGGGUGCUGUCUGUCUGAAGGUGCUGUGUGUGAGUGAGGGUUCUGUGUGUGUCUGAAGGUGCUGUGUGUGUCUGAGGGUGCUGUGUUUGUCUGGGUGCUGUGUGUCUGGGGGUCCCUUGUGUGUCUGAGGGUGCUGUGUGUGUUUGGGUGUUGUGUGUGUUUGGGUGCUGUGUGUGUGAGGGGGCUGUUAGUGUGAAUGUAUUUUUUAUUUAAGUUUAAAUAUAUAUUUUUUUAUUAAUAAUUAAAAAAGUUAUAUCCCCCCUCCGUACUUACCUUACGCCAGGGAGGAGGGGGGGAAGCCGUGUUGCUAUGGGGGGUGCCGUGCUGCCUUCCCUGGUGGUCUUAGUGGUGAGAGUGAACUCUAGCCUACAGGCUAGAGUUCACUCUCACGAGAUCUGAGCGUUGCUGCGGUAACCGCAGCAACGCUCAGAAUACCGCGAGAGGACCCGGCGGAGCUGCUGGCUAGAGCUCCGCCGGUCCUCUCCUCCCUCACUACCUCCCCAGCCGGCGGCCGCAUCUCAGUGCCUGUGGGCCGGUGAGGGAGAUCUUUGACACUUGGAUAGCGCUGGCCCUGCAGGGGCUGGCAGGGGAGAUUCUGUGAUCUCCCCUUCCGGCCUCGGCCCACAGCCAUCGCGGCCCACCGGGCAUUUGCCCGGUAUGCCGAUGGCCAGUCGGGGCCUGCUAUCACCAUAAUAUCUUUAUAUAUUAACUGUUUUGCUUUGCUCAUAAAAAGAUGGAGAAAACAACAGUGAAAACACAGAUUUGUUUUUAAGUAUUUACACUUGGUUAAUUGUUCUUAAACUUUCCUUUUUAUUUUCAGGCAAACAUGCAGGUCUUUGUGAAAACACUGACAGGCAAGACCAUAACACUGGAAGUAGAAGCAAGUGAUACCAUUGAAAAUGUGAAAUGUAAGAUCCAGGACAAAGAGGGCAUUCCACCUGAUCAGCAGAGAUUGAUCUUUGCAGGCAAGCAGCUUGAAGAUGGUCGCACUCUUUCUGACUACAAUAUCCAGAAAGAAUCCACUUUGCAUCUGGUCCUUCGUCUGAGAGGUGGUAUGCAGAUAUUUGUUAAAACAUUGACAGGCAAGACCAUCACACUGGAAGUAGAAGCAAGUGAUACCAUUGAAAAUGUGAAAAGUAAGAUCCAGGACAAAGAGGGCAUUCCACCCGAUCAGCAGAGAUUGAUCUUUGCAGGCAAGCAGCUGGAAGAUGGCCGUACACUUUGUGACUACAAUAUCCAGAAAGAAUCCACUUUGCAUCUGGUCCUUCGUCUCAGAGGUGGUAUGCAGAUAUUUGUUAAAACAUUGACAGGCAAGACCAUCACACUGGAAGUAGAAGCAAGUGAUACAAUAGAUAAUGUGAAAUGUAAGAUCCAGGACAAAGAGGGCAUUCCACCUGAUCAGCAGAGAUUGAUAUUUGCUGGCAAGCAGCUGGAAGAUGGCCGUACACUUGGUGACUACAAUAUCCAGAAAGAAUCCACUUUGCAUCUGGUCCUUCGUCUCAGAGGUGGUAUGCAGAUAUUUGUUAAAACAUUGACAGGCAAGACCAUCACACUGGAAGUAGAAGCAAGUGAUACCAUUGAAAAUGUGAAAAGUAAGAUCCAGGACAAAGAGGGCAUUCCACCCGAUCAGCAGAGAUUGAUCUUUGCAGGCAAGCAGCUGGAAGAUGGCCGUACACUUUGUGACUACAAUAUCCAGAAAGAAUCCACUUUGCAUCUGGUCCUUCGUCUCAGAGGUGGUAUGCAGAUAUUUGUUAAAACAUUGACAGGCAAGACCAUCACACUGGAAGUAGAAGCAAGUGAUACCAUUGAAAAUGUGAAAAGUAAGAUCCAGGACAAAGAGGGCAUUCCACCCGAUCAGCAGAGAUUGAUCUUUGCAGGCAAGCAGCUGGAAGAUGGCCGUACACUUGGUGACUACAAUAUCCAGAAAGAAUCCACUUUGCAUCUGGUCCUUCGUCUCAGAGGUGGUAUGCAGAUAUUUGUUAAAACAUUGACAGGCAAGACCAUCACACUGGAAGUAGAAGCAAGUGAUACAAUAGAUAAUGUGAAAUGUAAGAUCCAGGACAAAGAGGGCAUUCCACCUGAUCAGCAGAGAUUGAUAUUUGCUGGCAAGCAGCUGGAAGAUGGCCGUACACUUGGUGACUACAAUAUCCAGAAAGAAUCCACUUUGCAUCUGGUCCUUCGUCUCAGAGGUGGUAUGCAGAUAUUUGUUAAAACAUUGACAGGCAAGACCAUCACACUGGAAGUAGAAGCAAGUGAUACCAUUGAAAAUGUGAAAUGUAAGAUCCAGGACAAAGAGGGCAUUCCACCUGAUCAGCAGAGAUUGAUAUUUGCAGGCAAGCAGCUUGAAGAUGGUCGCACUCUUUCUGACUACAAUAUCCAGAAAGAAUCCACUUUGCAUCUGGUCCUUCGUCUGAGAGGUGGUAUGCAGAUAUUUGUUAAAACAUUGACAGGCAAGACCAUCACAUUGGAAGUAGAAGCAAGUGAUACAAUAGAUAAUGUGAAAUGUAAGAUCCAGGACAAAGAGGGCAUUCCACCUGAUCAGCAGAGAUUGAUCUUUGCAGGCAAGCAGCUGGAAGAUGGCCGUACACUUGGUGACUACAAUAUACAGAAAGAAUCCACUUUGCAUCUGGUCCUUCGUCUCAGAGGUGGUAUGCAGAUAUUUGUUAAAACAUUGACAGGCAAGACCAUCACACUGGAAGUAGAAGCAAGUGAUACAAUAGAUAAUGUAAAAUGUAAGAUCCAGGACAAAGAGGGCAUUCCACCUGAUCAGCAGAGAUUGAUCUUUGCAGGCAAGCAGCUGGAAGAUGGCCGUACACUUGGUGACUACAAUAUCCAGAAAGAAUCCACUCUGCAUCUAGUGCUUAGACUGAGAGGUGGUUAAAAAUGAUAUAAGUUUUUUUUUAUACUUUGCGGUUGUAUUAAAAAAUUAAUCAAAUACACUUUGAAAUACAGCUACUUGAAAUCAUUUUAUUACUUUCGUUGAUAAUUUGUUAACCAAACACUGAAUAAAAAUUGACCUUAAUAGUGUCAUUUUAUGGUUUAUUAAAAUAAAAGUAUACGUUUGUAUAUUCACUUGUCUUUAACUUUACUUUGCAAUUUAUUUACACAAAUUAAGUCCAAAGCCUAUCAUAUAUUGUCUAUUUGCCAUUUUCUACAGCUACAUGCAUCUUUCCCUUCCUCCCUGUAGCCCAGCAGCAGAUAUGACACGGCCCACAAAGGGCACUCACCACUAGCUUUUGGUGAGUGAAAACAUAGCCCAGGUGAGUGGAACACCCCUGGUUGAGUGUGACAUGAACUUUAG